UAUUUUAUUUUAUUUUCAUAAAUCCUCUGUGAUUCUCUCGCAUCACGACAUCAGCACCUUCCUUCCCGCUCCGCCCUCAUGUCCACCGCCACGCGGCUGAGUAGGCUCGCCGUCGCCGCCGUCGCCACCGCUGCCGGCGGUUCUAUCCUGCUUCAGCCUUCCCUCUCCUCCAAUGACCGCGGUGCCAGUGGUCACGCGCUCGAGUCCUACAGAAACAAGAUCAACGAUCCGACUGCCGUUGUUCCGCCGCGAUCAGUCCAGGAGUCAGCUUUGAUUGGAGCCAGCCCUGUCAAUCCUCUUGACAUUCUCGUCGUCGGCGGAGGCGCUACCGGUUGCGGUGUCGCUCUCGAUGCCGUCACACGAGGACUUCGCGUUGGCCUCGUUGAGCGCGAGGAUUUCGCGUCCGGCACGUCUUCGCGUUCGACGAAGCUCAUUCAUGGAGGUGUGCGGUAUUUGGAGAAAGCAGUGUUCAAUUUGGAUUAUAAGCAGCUUAAACUGGUCUUUCAUGCGCUUGAGGAGCGAAAGCAGUUUAUUGAGAAUGCACCACACCUAUGCCAUACGUUGCCGUGCAUGACGCCCUGUUUUGAUUGGUUCGAGGUUAUCUACUUUUGGAUUGGGUUGAAGAUGUACGAUUUAGUUUCAGGGCGUCGCCUCUUGCACUUGUCUCGGUACUAUUCUGCGCAAGAAUCUGUGGAGCUCUUCCCUACACUCGCUAGGAACGGUCAGGGCAGAAGUUUGAAAGGCACCGUGGUGUAUUACGAUGGCCAGAUGAAUGACUCGCGGGUCAAUGUGGGUCUGGCUUGUACUGCCGCUCUGGCUGGUGCGGCGGUGCUUAACUAUGCUGAAGUUGUGGGAUUUUUGAAAGACGAGGAUAGUGAUCGAAUUAUUGGUGCGAGGAUUCGUGACAAGUUGUCAGGUAGAGAGUUUGAUACCUACGCAAAGGUAAUUGUCAAUGCCGCUGGGCCAUUUUGUGACUCUGUGAGAAAGAUGGCUGAUAAAGAGGCAGUCUCUAUGAUCUGUCCCAGUAGUGGUGUCCAUAUAGUUCUCCCUGAUUAUUAUUCUCCCGAGGGAAUGGGUCUCAUUGUUCCCAAGACUAAGGACGGCCGUGUUGUUUUUAUGCUGCCAUGGUUAGGACGAACAGUUGCUGGAACCACGGAUUCCAACACCAGCAUCACUAUGCUUCCUGAGCCACAUGAGGAUGAAAUUCAGUUUAUACUGGAUGCAAUCUCUGAUUACCUCAACGUAAAGGUGCGGCGAACAGAUGUUCUCUCAGCUUGGAGUGGUAUUCGUCCUUUGGCUAUAGAUCCAUCGGCAAAAAGUACAGAGAGCAUUUCAAGAGAUCAUGUUGUUUGUGAAGAUUAUCCCGGAUUGGUCACAAUUACUGGUGGGAAAUGGACUACUUAUCGGAGUAUGGCAGAAGAUGCUGUUAGUGCUGCUAUAAAGUCUGGGAAGCUGAAGCCAACAAAUGCAUGUGUAACUGACAAGCUACGGCUUGUUGGUGGAGAUGGAUGGGAGCCUGCAUUUUUUACUGUCCUAGCUCAACAAUAUAUACGUAUGAAAAAGACUCAUAAGGGUAGUGUUGUCCCCGGAGUUAUGGACACUGCAGCUGCAAGACAUUUAUCUCAAGCAUAUGGUGUUUCAGCUGAAAGAGUGGCUGCCAUAGCCCAGAAUGAGAGUUUGGGGAAGCGAUUGGCCCAUGGCUACCCCUUCUUGGAGGCUGAGGUUGCAUACUGUGCUCGGCAUGAGUACUGUGAAUGUGCAGUCGAUUUCAUUGCCAGAAGAUCACGGCUCGCUUUCCUCGAUACGGACGCUGCCAACCACGCAUUGCCUCGAGUAAUUGAGAUAUUGGCAUCUGAACACAAUUGGGACAAGACAAGACAGAAGCAAGAACUGCAGAAGGCCAAGCAGUUCUUAGAAACUUUCAAGUCUUCAAAAAAUGCCCAGUUCCAUGAUGGAAAGCACAAUUAGUUUUCAAACCCAAUCCAACCCAACCAGCUGAGCAGAAUUUUUCAAGAGCUCGACAACUCUCAACUAUAAUCUAAAAUUGCUAGACAGCAACAUUUCAAUCUCAUCAGGUGAAAAUAAUUAUACUCUAUGGCCUUUAACUUGUAAUUGUUCUUGGCUGAGAGUGCCAUGCUUCAUAUUGGUAUAGCCUACACAUACCAAAAAAGUAUAAAAAAACUAAAUUAACUCAAGAUUGUUUUGCACCUUAUUCACCACAAGAGUAUAAUGUUAUUUUGAUUAUUUUGAAGA